AUGACCAUCUCCAGUUCCCGCCCUCGCCGCACCGGCCACCCACCUAUCUCCUACCGCGAUGACAGCACUGACGAAGACACCACAACUCCUCCUCUUACCCGAACUACUCAGCGCAUCCGAAGAAAAAGCCGACAUAGUCGUUCAUCUGGUGAAGAGACAGACAUCUCCGAAGAGUCACAAGCAAGAAAUGUAAACCGCAGCAGACCAAAAUCAAGCUCAGGCAAUCCAAGUCCAGCAAUUCGGGCAAGUCGUCGAACAAGGAACGUCAAGAACUACAAAGAAGAGUCUGACCAAGACGUCAACAAUUUUGAGCCAGAAGUUGUCCACCAUGUAAGAUCUGCACCAAAAGCUCAGAGUAACCCACGAAAACGCCCACGGUCCGGUCAACCAAGUUCAAAAGGGGGUUUUAGCGCAUUCAAACGACGUAAGGUCAAUCAGAGCAACACAAGCCAGCACGGCAAGACGAAGAGUGCAGCAGUUCUAGCAAUUCCACCAGGAAGGAUCCCUCCAUGGCAGACCUUACCAUACCAGAUCCUCCUGAGCAUCUUUCAGUAUGCCUCUUAUCCGUUAUACCGAGACGCCUCACAUGACACUGGAUCCAUUGGCUGGCUUAUUGGAGUCUCAAAACUCUCAAAAUCCUUGCGCGAUGCGGCAGUUGCAGCGUUACUUUACUCGCCGCCUCUAUUUCCAGCUGAUCGCGCUCACGGCCUGCAACAACUCCUCGACGCACCACAAGAGACACUGUCAGUGAGCUAUCGGAACAAAACCAAGCGGUUGGAAGUUGAAGUUAGAAACUUAUUGAUCAAAAAGAGCGGUAUCGAGCUUGUCAAAUUGAUCAAGCAGACUCCUCUGCUCAGUGCUCUGCAUUUGUAUCAUAACAAUGAUCGAGUUGGUGCUGUCUCAUGGGCUCAACCAGCUGCUUCAACGGGUAGAGCCUGGUCGUAUCCAUUAGAGAUUUUCGAUGCUCUGGAGGAAAAUGGAAUCGGAUUGAAAGAAUGGAGUUGGAAUGGUCGAUUCCCAGAUACCAAGCCAGUCCUGGAUCAGAUGAAAAACCUGCAUUGUCGAGAAUGUCUCAAAGGCCUCAGAUCCUUGUCAUUGUUGAACAUAGCGGCUCCCGAGAAGGUCAAAGAGUGUGAAGAGGGCAACGUUGAGACUUCUCUCACUACAGCCUUAAGAUGCCUACCGGAGCUCCAAGAGCUGCAAAUUCAAAAUUGCAGUAUCGUCAACCACAGGGUGCUCCCAUUCCUUCCCCCACGUCUACGCCAUCUCUCUGUCAUCAACUGCGGGGAAUUCAACUCGGUUGACCUCCGAUCAUACCUUACACAUCAUGGCUACGAGCUUCAAGAGCUGAUUUUGAAUGGUAAUCAAGCUUUAGAUUUAUGGUUUGCUGGUUCUCUUGAGCGUCUAUGUCCUCGUCUUCAAGUGUUCAAAAUGGAUCUUACAUACACUGACCCCACCGCUUAUCACGAUGUCGAUCCCCACUACGAAGGAGUCUUCCCUGACGGAAUCAUGCCAACAUGGCCGCGAACUCUGCAAACAAUCGAAAUUGAGAACCUUCGCAAUCUCGACGCGCAAGAUGCCGAGAACUUCCUCAGCUCACUCAUUGUAAUUGCACCUGAGUUGAAGGACCUGCGCAGACUAUGCAUUAGGAUCCUUCUACAGGAUGACGGUUGGAGAGAGCGAGCAAAGCUAAGACAGAUCUGGAUGCCCAAACUUGAAGAUGUCUUUCUUCGACAAGCCCCUCCACCAACGCCUUUCGUACCGCUAGCUCUCCUUCCACCUCCAUUUCCACCCACAACCUCAUCUUCUCGGCCAUCGACCAGUCAUUCGACUUCUUCAAGCUCCUUCACAACAGACGACUCCACAGCUGCCACGCCCAAUAAGCGUAAGAGCGCUCGAAUUGCCAAACGAGAGCUGAGUGAUCUCGCGAACGAGGCCUUUAUGAGGACAAGCUCUACGAGGAAAGGUAGCGAGAUAGUUGGCAAUGACAACUUGGACACAGAAGAAUUUCGUCAGGGCAUGUGCUCCAAAGUCGUCCUGCACAUCGAUGGACAGCGACCUGCAGACGAGCAGUUCAAGGAGGCUGAUUUUCUGGAUGAGGAGCUGAGCGGAGACGAAGACUGGAAUGGGAGGGAUGUUGAAGCCCCAUCCAGAUAUGCCUGGUGA